CACUGCGUCUAUGCCUGUGAGUGAACGGAACAGAAUUUCGUUCCAUCGCGUCAUUGCGUACUCAUCUGCCUGCUUAUGUGACUGUGCGAGUCUGUGUGGUUUCGAUCGAAACGCACGGUGUACAAGUAGAUUCGGUCGCGGCCGGUGACUUGAUUACCUUGACUCAUUAUUACUAUUAUUACAAUUGUAAUUUCCAUCUGAUUACAAUCAUAAUAUAUAUUGUAAAACUCUACGCCUGAUUUAAUUAUUAAAUGAUAUAACAUGAGCGCGACGCUCAGUAUUCUUGAUAUCGACAUUUUGACAUGAGUUGAGCAGUUUAUUUGGCCGGCCAUUUUGAUUUUCAUGUUGAAAGAAGUGGUUAGUGGUGACAGAAGUUCGCGGAAAAUAAGUUAUUUGCAUUUUCCGUACAUACUGGUUAUUGUUUUCCUGUAAGUGUGUGGAUAGUGGUUGAUGGAUAAAAAUUUUUGUUGUUUUUGUUUGGAUUAACCUAAAUUUGACUGUGAGUUUUGCCGUGAACAAUAACAUUUUGAAUGCAACAAUUUGAGGUUUUUUAUGUGGUGAAAAUAAUGCUUUGGACUUUACUUCUUUUGUAUUAUAAUUGAAUGGAUAAUAAAUGAAUGUAUUAAAUCAUGGCAACUAAACUAGAACCUGAUUAUCCCACAUCGCCAACAAACGAUGAAUCAGAUGGAGAUGACGAAGCACAAGAUGAUUCAGUAGAGGACGAGCAAGAGAAAGAAGACAUAAAACCUCCAAAUAACAAUGUCGCGAGUAUAUUGAAAAGGCUUCAAUCUUCAGGAGCUCUUAUUAAGAAACCUAAACAAGAGUAUAGGUGUCACACCUGCGAGGAAGAUUUCCCUAAUUGGGAAGAAUUAGAAACUCAUCUGAUUCAACACGUGUCCCUGCCCUCCGUGGUGCUUGACAAGCUGCCGUCCGACGACGAAGAUAGUUCUCCUUCUGGAGAUGAAAAUUGGUCUGAUGAAGAAGAACCUUCGCCACCGCCAAAGAUUGGCCCGAAAACGGCGCCACAAAAAAUAGAUAUAUCACAAAUACUCAAAAACAAAGGGAUUUCACUCAAAAAACCGACUGAAACAGAACUUAAAAGUUCGGAUUCUGCAUUAAAUAAAUUAAGUGGAUUAGGUUUCACAAUUAAGAAAAAUACAACAUCAAUAAAGAAAGAACCAGAAGAACAGGAUACGAAUGAUGUUAUGCAAAAGUUAGGUAAACUUGGUGGUAUUAAACUUAAACUUAAGUCUGAUGGAGGUAAUACUAACUCUUUUAAAGUAGUCAAUGGCUUAAAAGAUUUCAAAGCAUCUGAUGAAGAAGACGGAGGUAGUGGUGAUGAGGCUAGUCAAGAAGAUCAAGAAGGUGACGACGACCAAGACAAGUCAGGAGAUCAGGAUGCGUCUGGUCCAGAACAAGACUCUGCUGAUGAAGACAAUGAUGGGUUGGAUAAAACGACACUGAAAGAUAAAAUUGCCACAACUCUUAAAAACCUUCAAGGUAAAUCAAUAGUACAAAAAGUAGAACCUGUUAGAACUCCUGUAAAGACUUCAGUUUCAAAUACAUCUGCAAUUGUUAAAGAAAUACCACAAGUAAAACAACCGGGAAGACCUGCAAUAAAACAAACACCUAAAAGAGGUGCAAAUUUUCCAAUUGCAUCUAAAGAGAUACCUCAAACUCAGAAAGAGUCAACAUCAGUUGUGUCUACACCAGAGCGACGUCAAUCUCAUGAGGUAAAUAUGGAUAAUGUUGUUGUUAAACAGGAGGUAGGUAGUGUGGAGACGCAAAAUUCCAAUAUUCCAUUAUUUUCCAGUCAAAUAAAAUCUGAAAGGACUUCACCAACACCAAGCGAUAAUACAUCAUCACCAAUAAUAGCUAAAAUUAAAAGUGAACCAGGCUCUGCUGUUGUCUCAAGUAGUCAACCACUUUUCAACAAUCAUAAUUCUACUCUUUCUGCACCUGUUGCUGCGUCAACAACUACUAAUCUCUUACCAGUCACAAAGAAAGAAAAUGAUAGCGAUAUGACUAUUAUAGAAAUUAAUGGAGAUUCUAAUGAUGAAGAUGAUGACUGUUGUGUGGUUUCAGCGACUCCAGCACCUGACAUUAAGCCAGUUGUUCCCAAAUCUGAAAAUUCUGCACCAUCUUAUCCACCACCCGCUUAUCCUAGUUCUUCACAAUCGAGCUACACUCCUGUUCUAUCAGCGCGAUUAUCCUCCACUACUCCCUCAACUGAGAAACAACAUAAUUUCAAUUGGAAUGCACCAGAUUCAAAACCACCUCUUGACAUGCUUGAAAAAAGUACCGAUGAUAUCUUUGAAAGCUUGCUCUCAACUGCGACAAAAAAAGAAAACCUCUCCUUAUCAGACGCUAGUGAAUACAUAUCUAUAGAUACAUUAGGUCCACAACACACAUGUGAAAUUUGUAAUACUAGAUUUACUGAUAUAUCUUUAUUAGAAGAGCAUAAAAGGGUGACAGGACACUCCAAGAGUCUUAUGGCACCAACAUCAUCGUCACUUAUGCCAUAUAAUCCUAGUUCAAACAUACUUCAAAAUUUACUGCCGGUCAAGCAGUUAGCAGAACAAGUUGGAAAACUAUCUGGGAUGGGAGGUGGUGGUCCAGGCUUCACACAUCAACAAAAUGUAAUGAUCAAUAUUCAGGCAUAUCCAGGUGCUGGAGGAAUGGUGCCUCAGCCUUAUAAUGCUUAUCCUCAAUCUGGACAAAAUAUGCAUUCUGGUUUUCCACCUACAUCUAACAAUAUGUAUGGUGCUCCAGGACAAACAAUGUCAGGGCAGUAUCCUGGUCAGCACUAUAUGGGCCAGCAAAACUAUAACCAAUUUCAACAACAACCGAUGUCAAAGCCCGGUGGUUAUCCUGGCGCGCAAAAUACUUUUUCACCAGGAUCAUCGCCAUAUCCAAACACUUCUCCCCUUCAAAGUAUGCAACAGGCAUAUGGUCCAAACUCAUCUGGAAUGAUGAAUACGCAGCAAGCUAUGGGUCAAAUGGGACCACCACUUGGAGCUACGCCUAAUCAAUAUGUUCCUUCGUCAAGUCCUGGUGGUACCAUGAAACCACCCAGUAGUGGCGUUAGAAUACAAAAUGUGCAAACAUUUGCUCCAGGUCAAUUGGUAGGGAUGCCUGGUGGCCCAGGGCAAGAAUUAGGACCACAAGCGAAUGCGCCUGGUCAAGUGGUUGGAGGGCAGAUGCCAUCACCUAGUCAAAUUAGAAUGGCAGCUGGAGCUACGGUGGCAGGAGCUAGACCUAGAAUGGCAAACGUAAGAAACGCGAGACCAUCAAUAAGACCUGGAAUACAGGUUCAUGGGCAGGUGCGUGGUGGGAAACCUGGCGGUCCUCGUAUGCCAAUAAAACGACCUGGAGGAAUGAUGGCAGGGCCCAAUCAGAAGCGAAGACCCGAUAUGUUGUUGCCUGGCAAACAUGAUAACGAAGAUUGCCAAGUAAUGGCAAUGCAGAAACAACGCGACGGUCUUCCCAUGAUCCAGAGUGUGCAGGGCGCUAAAGACAAAUUAAACCUAGGCAGCCAAAUAUCAAUAACGAAGAAAACUGUGAAUAAAGAAGCGAGCGCUAUGGCGAAUGUGUUAGCAUCCCGAGGUAUAAGUGUCAAGGCGAAACAGAAAAGCCGCUCCCCAACUCCAGAGAGACCUUUACCGCAUAUACCGAAUCUUGGAGCAGGAGUUAGUAUUAAGCAUACAUCAAAAUCCAGUAGUUUCUCAAUACCCGAAGCAAAGGUUGGUGGGGGUAUGUUAUCGUGUAGGAUUUGCAAGAAAAUGUUCAUGAAUCAGAACUCCUUACAGGUUCAUAUGUCAAAUGCACAUCCACAGAGUAAAAUACCUAUGUUUAAAUGUGACGAGUGCCCAGCGUCUUAUCCAAAAUCCUUACAAUUGCAGCACCAUAAGAGGGUGUUCCACAAUGUAUCUGGUCCUAAUAGAGAAUUAGGAUUGCCGGUCGUGGAUCUUUCGCAAGAGGAGAAUUUAAAACGACUAAGUAGUUUAGGUAUCUAUAGUUUUAUUCCGUUAGCGAAUAGAGAGCAAGCGAGUGGAUGCUUCGGUAUUCCGGUUGUGUCCGUUCACAAUGGAAUCAGCAAUAAUUUGCAAGCGCUCGGCGCUGAUGGUUUAUUAAGUCUAGGCCCUUUGAAACCGUUACCAAAUUCUUAAAUUAGGACUUGUGUGAUAUAGAAAAAUGUGGACAAAGUGACUUUUUUUUGACAAAUUGAGUUUUUAUUUUUUUACAAGAACAAAGGGCACAAAAUUGCAGUAAGUAUGCGAGAUUCACAACUCGUAUAAUUUUGUAUUUGUACGUAUUUUUAUACGGUCACAACUAUGACGAUACGGAGCGACCGAAUUUUUUUAUUAACUCUUAGAUUAACAAUAACUUUUUCAUUGUAAUUUUUUAAAUGUAGAGAGAAUAGAUCCUACAACAAGAUAUCUUAUAAUUACAUAAAAAUGACUGUUACUUUUUUAAAAAUAGAAUAUUGUAAAGAACUAUUGCAUUAAGUUCCUUGAUGUUUCCAGUGUGACUGUUAAACAUUAUGCUAUUCAGUACUUUAGAGUACUUAGGUUGUAAGAAUAUAUAAAAUCGAUUUUCUUUUGUUCAAGUAUAUGAUGCCCAUAUAUGAUAAGUUUACGCCCGCACUGCAAAGUAUACGAUAAUAAAUAUCACAGCGCCGUCUAGUCCCAAGCUCAGUUGAUCUUGUACUAGGGAUACGAGACAAUAGAUAGAAUGCUUGCUUUUUUUUUUUUAAAUACACAUACAUAAAUAACACCCAACCAAUAGAAACAGCCAUACUCACGAAUACAAAUGUUUGUAUUGUGCGUGGAUCGAAUCUACGACAAUAGAAAAGUGAGGCGGUGUGUUAAAUCUCUCCAUCAUCAAAGUUGAUAAUAUGUAAGAGUUUUAUAUAACGAUUCCAUUAUGAGAAAAAUUGUGUUCACCAAAUAUUUAUAUUAUAAUUAAAUAUGUAUGAAUUAGAUACUUACCGAGUAUUAGAUAUGAUUUAAACGAUUUAUGUGCAAUAUUAAAAGUUUUGUCAUCUGGUAAAAUUUUUAAAAUUUUUCCUUUAUUUAAUGCAUAGUAAUUUUGGAUUUUGAUUUCAAUGAUUUCUUUGAGGCUUGGAGUUGAGAUGGAAUGGCAAGCUCUGUAUUACCUGUCAAUUUUCAAUAUGGAACAUUUGGAAACCACCAAAAUGUAUUACAGCGUUCUAUUUUGAAAUUUUCAAAUAAUUUUAUUGUUAUGCCUAUGACACUGUUCUUGUGUCUUGUGUGUUACCGUUUUCCAUCGGGUGGACCGUCAACUUGGUUGUCAUGCAAAAAAAUCUAUCAAAAUCCAAAAUUUCAGCAGUUUAAUUACGAAUAAAAUUCAAAAUAUUGACAAUUGUUAUUGAAUAACGACAGAUGCCUAAUUCAGACGUUACACUUCGGUAUAAUUGAACAAUCAUGAAUUCAGAAAAUAAUAGAAUAGAAUAGGAAACAUUUAUUAUUAAAUUUUACAAAAAGUAGAUAACUAUAAUUUAAAAAAAAAUAUAAAUGAAAUGUUCUAAACACAGCGACCAUGCACAUCGACAUUUACUUGUUCCUAAUUUUGAAAUAAAUAGAAUGAAGCGUUUAAAACAAUAAUAUUAUUAUUUAUUCUUAUUUGGCUAGUGUUUGUUAUUUAUGUACAAAUGUGUACCACUUGCGUUAAUUAAGUCUCGUCCAGGUCAUAUUUUCUGGGCGCUUGUAACGUAUUAUCUAUAGUCAAUUAUAAUAGAAUUUAAGUACCCGUUUCUUAAUGGAUGAUAAUGAAUUGGUAACCACAUCUGUGCUAUCGGAAUACUCUGGCGGGGUACCAGUGAGGGAUAAUAGGUUAGUAUGAAGCGGGUCAGUUAGCACAUCGUGACGAAUUCAACAAUAAAUCAAUCACGAUAAUUUCCAGGGGGAAUCGGGAAGGUGUACCUGAUAGGGUUUAUAGCUAGCAAUGGGGUUGCUAAUCUCCAAUACUAAAAAUCUCUUUUACCCUCGAACUAAUGAAAAGCUAAUCAAGUUUUGUUGAAAUUAUCACGGAAACAUUUAAUUGAUUAAAGGAUUUUUUAUUUGUUCUACUAUUGGGAGCAUAUUGUCUGGCCAGUUUAUUAGUUUGUUUAUAUUUUUAUACAAGUCUUUUGAAACAGAUUGCACUAUACUUUGUUUUUGUUAUAAUAUCAUUGUCUAGAAAUAUUUUCGUAUUUGCAGUACGGACGAUCACCAUAAAUCAAUGUAUUGCUAAUUAUGAGUGCAAUAGUUAUGAAUAUCUUGAGAAUUGAAUCUAUACUUUUAUGAGUAGGUAGGUUAAAUAUUCAUGUUUUCUACAGUAUCAGUUGUCUUUGGAUGUAUGAAUAUGAAAAUGUUGUUCAAUUUACAUAUAAAUUUAUGGUACCACUCGGCGUCGAGCUGCUAUUUUAUUUAUUUAUGGAAGAAAUAUUGUAGUUUUGAUACAUUGAUACGUAAGCAAUUUUAUUUUGGUAGCUAAAUUAAAAUGGAUACCAUCAGAUAUUUGAAAAUGGUAUUGAAAUAUAUUACAGAAAUUAGUAACAUUACCUGCUUUUAUUGUUCAGAAAAAUCUAAAUUUGUUUAAAAUUUAUGCUGAAUUUGUUUUAAACAUUUGUUGAUAUUGGAACGCGAAAGUCUUCCAUGAGAGUUGAUGGUAAUGAGACGAGAAUCAUAUCUAAGGAAGGAUGGAAAUUUUUUGUCGUUUUUGGACUAUAUUUUUUCUAGAAAAUAUGUUCAGUUUGACCUGUAGAACACUACCGAGAUGAUAACAAUUUCUAUAUUAAAAUAUUUUAAAUUUACUUACUUACUGUUUGUUUGGUAGUGCAAAAUUAUAUACGAAAAAAAUAGCAUAUUUUUUACGUAUAAUUUUGUACUUAAUAUUAGUACUUUAGAAUAAUUUAAAACAACAUAUCCUAAAUAUUUUAAUUAUGGAAUUAUUCAUAUUCUUCCUUAAGAUAUUAUCAUACUUGUAGAAUUUCAUCAAAAUCGGUUUAGUUUAGUAGAUGCUCGACGUACUUUUUUUCUAUUAAAAUGGAGAACAUAGAAUUGCUUGUAGACAUUUUGGUGGUUUAUAAUUCUUGUAACAAAUAUAGUUACUUAUUUAAACCCAUUACGAUUAAAUUUAUGGUGAAGGAGUUAGAAUAUGACGUUUUCGACACUCAUCUCACCAGUUUUUGCCUUUCAUACCGUAUUUUCUGACGUAGUGUACUUGGCAUAGCACACGUGUCUAUGGUAAAUAAACACUGUAUUUUCAAAAGGCCUUCAUUUGCGCAGGGCCUUAUGUAUGGUGCCCUUUUUAAUGUUAGAGUAGGUAUAAUCCUUGAAAUGUAGCAUUGUGUGGGUGAUUUAACUUAUUGACAGAUAUUACUGUAAACCAGUUUUAAGGGGUGGCGCUUGGGGACGCCGAGGUCAAGGAUAUGAUUGCAUCUUAGAAUUUUGCCGCCGAGCACUCUCUGUGCGUUGUAUUGACGACUUAUUUUUUUAUUGUUGGGGGAAUCAAAAAGAUGCCUUGUCCCAGAAGCUUAAUCGUAUUGAGAUUUUUAAAUCGGUUAAUACAUUUAAAUAUGACCGAUAUUUUCUCAAAAUUGUUUUAUCAAUUGUAUCUAUAAAUUGCGUUUGGUGGCCUGUUAUAUAUACUAUAUACCAUACUAUAACAUUUAUAUGUAUGGUGUUGUAUUUAUCGAAAUGUUUAGAUUUGAUGAAAUGACAUUUGUAUUUCAGUAUCUAAUAAAAAUCGAUUUUAUGUUGUCAACAUUUUUAUGUUCUCCUUACUUGUAUAAAAGAACAAUAAUGCAACUAUUAUUAUAUUUGCAUUAGAUAUAGACUUGAACCAAAUUUUUCUGUUACGAAUAGGUAUAAACUGCCUACUCUCAAAUAUUAUAGCGAGAAUGAUUUAUAAAAGUUUAUUUAUUAUGCAUGUAUUCAGAGUUUAUAGCAAGGACGAAUAUUAUUUUCUGAAGUUAUUACAUUUUAUAAAUAUACUUAAGCUUAGAUGAUGUUCUCUAAAACCUAUGUAGUAUUUUGAGAUUAAUGAUCAGGAGUCAAAUAUAAGAAAGUAUUUUCUUUACUGCUUUGUAAAAACGCAUAUUUGGUGCAAAAACACUUGUAGAAUAAGAAAAGAUAUUUUUAAGUUAAUAAUAAAAGACUUUUGUAUUUUAGUUUAUUAUUUAAAAAGAAAGUGAAUCUUUAACAUUUAGAUACGAGAGAAUGUGAUUGAAUAAUGAUGAAUAAAUACUUUAUUAAAAAUAA